CGGCGUGAGCACCGGGCCUGGGCGUCCCUGCGGGGUGUGAGGCGGGGCCCCGGACCCUCCCGGACCCUCUCCGGCCGCCCGCCCCUUCCACCUGGGCGCCUGUGAGGCCGUCGCGGGCUGCGGCUCUCGAGCCUCGGGGCCGUGCCGGAGCUGCGGAGGCCCGUGCGGGGCGGUGGGAAGAUGGCGGCGGCGUCGGUCUCCACGGCCUCGGACUCUCGGUUCUCGAACAUCAUAGCUCAGCCAUCAAGAUCUAAUGGAAGUGUGGUUCGCCAUUCUUCAUCUCCAUAUGUGCUGUACCCACCUGACAAGCCUUUCCUUAACAGUGAUCUGCGACGCUCUCCGCAUAAGCCCACACUUGCCUAUCCAGAGAGCAACAGCAGAGCCAUAUUUUCAGCUUUGAAGAAUCUUCAAGAUAAGAUUCGACGCUUAGAGCUUGAAAGGAUUCAGGCAGAAGAAAGUGUGAAAACAUUGUCUAGAGAAACAAUUGAAUAUAAGAAAGUACUGGAUGAACAGCUACAAGAAAGGGAAAACUCAAAGAAUGAAGAGUCAAAGCACAAUCAAGAGCUGACAUCUCAGUUGUUAGCUGCCGAAAAUAAAUGUAAUCUUUUAGAAAAACAAUUGGAGUACAUGCGGAAUAUGAUUAAGCAUGCGGAAAUGGAGAGGACCUCAGUCUUAGAGAAGCAGGUUUCCCUGGAAAGAGAGCGGCAGCAAGAUCAAACACAUGUUCAGAGCCAGCUUGAAAAGCUGGAUCUUCUGGAACAGGAGUAUAACAAACUCACCACGAUGCAGGCCCUUGCUGAGAAAAAAAUGCAAGAGUUGGAAGCAAAACUCCAUGAAGAAGAAGAAGAAAGAAAACGUAUGCAAGCAAAGGCAGCUGAGUUGCAGACUGGUCUUGAGACAAACAGACUGAUCUUUGAAGAUAAGGUAUCUUCAUCUUCAUGUGUUCCCAGUACAAAAAAAGUUAAAAAAAAAAAGGCAAAACCAGCAGAUAAGAAAGGUCCUAGGAACUAUUUUGGCACACAACCACAUUAUAGGUUAAGCUUGGGUGAUAUGCCGUUCGUUGCUGGAAAGUCUACCAGUCCUAGCCAUGCCGUGGUAGCCAACGUGCAGCAUGUCUUACAUCUCAUGAAGCAGCACAGCAAAGUGCUGUGCAAUGAUCGGGUGGUCAACAGCGUUCCUCUGGCAAAGCAAGUGUCUUCAAGGGGUUGUAAGAAUAAGAAGUUGAUGGCGCCGCCCUCCUCCAGCAGCAUCAGUGAAGAGCUAUCUGAAGUCUUACAGACUUUGCAGGAUGAAUUUGGGCAAAUGAGCUUUGAUCACCAGCAGCUUAUAAAACUCGUCCAGGAGUCACCAACUGUGGAGUUGAAAGACAACUUAGAGUGUGAGCUGGAGGCUCUCGUGGGGAGAAUGGAAGCAAAAGCCAGCCAGAUAACUAAAGUUCGAAAAUACCAAGCCCAGCUGCAGAAACAGAAGAUGGAUAAGCAGAAGAAGGAAUCCAAAGCUAACAGAAAGACUCUGGAAGAAGAAGAAAACAGCAGCAACCGUUCCCCUGGAGUCACAGGGACCACAAGUAAGAAGCAUUUUGCCAAACUGAGACCUGGAGAAAAAAGCAGGAAAAAUCUGCAGUUAUUGAAGGACAUGCAAACCAUACAGAAUUCAUUACAAAGCAAUAAUCUGUGUUGGGAUUACUGAUUAGUACCAGGUCAUAAAUUUUAUUCAGAUAAUGUGUACCUCAUCUAUCAGAUAUUGACAGUUUACUUUCCAGGGUUCUCACUUGCCGGAUUUGGGAUGAAUAACAGGUAUUAAAAGGGCCUGGAGCUUCAUAUGCAGGCUUCUUGUGUUACUCAGCAUAACUAAAUGUUAAAACCAUUUAAAUGAAAAGCCAGGAAAGGCACUGUUUCUUUGAGAUGAAUUUGCUGUACUGAUAUUUUGCACUUUGUAAACAAAUGACCAAUUUUUUUACUUGUGGAUGUGAUUUUUUUAAAACUAGAUCUUUGUACAUACAAAUUAUGUUUAAAUUUCAAAAUGUGACAUACAAAUUAUGUUUAAAUUUCAAAAUGUGAGGCUGUUCUGUAGGCAGUGUGUCCUUGAAAAGUCUCAUUUUUAAAUCUUCCCUGGGCAUGAUGUACCCAUUUUCCUUUACUACCUGUAAUGGAGGAUUUUUAUAUUUAAAUAUUUAUAUAUUUAAGAUAUUUGGUCUUGCUUUUUUGAUAGCUCAGACAUUAAUCACUAUUAGACUUGUGUUACUUUUUAAUCCACUGAAUGUUUUUAAAGCCCUGAUCAUUUUACGUCAUUGCUUAUAAAAAGUACAGAAUCAUUUAAGUGAAGAUAAACUAAUGAAAUGAGAUUUUGAGAUAGAAUAAGGGAAGAUGUAAAGCUCCAGUGUUUGCAGUUUGUAAUUAUGCUAUUCAAGGCAUUGUGGUUUUUAAUCUCAGUGAACCCUUGAGUUUUUGGUAUGCACUGUGAACUCUAUACACACAGUUGUCAAUUGUGUUAAUACAAAUUAGAUGAAGAUAUGUUAACUUUUUAUAAAUUUGCCAUUGAAGUAAAAAAGCUUUUUAAAAAAAAUAGUGAAAUUUUCCUUAACAGCCUCUUUAACAAAGGCUUUGUUGUAAAUUCUCAAGGAUGUUUUUCUAAAAAGGGUACUUAGUAUCUUGAUAAGCCUGAGAACAUGGUAUCCAAUAAAUUAUGUGCAUUCUUAUUCUUAUGUAGAAGCUAAGCUGAACAAGCGUGAACUGUCUGGUGGUGUGUAAUAAGACUGAGGGUCACAUACCACAGGAACUGCUUUGAUGAUUCCCUUUCCUGGAGCUAACUUGACAUAGAAGCUAAAGAUUAUCUAAAGACAGCCAGUGUGAAUUAUUCCAGGUACUGGACAGUAGGUUUGUUCAAGACUCCUGAAUUAAUUCAAAUUGAAUAAAUAAUUCCUUAAGAAUUAACUAAUUUAAUGUCCUUAGAUUUUGAGAUAUUUGUGCAUCUCCUGAAACUGUAUGUCAACUUUUGCUUGUGUAUGCAGUUUUCUGAUGGGGUUUGCAACACCACUGAAUUGACAAGUGAGACCCAAUGGAGGUGAGAAACUGCUCUGGUGAUAUGGUAAAUAUUUCUUCUGUCUCAACCACCAUUUCAACCAUUAAACUUCUAUUACCUA